AGCUUGUGGGACAAGAUGGCGGCCGCCAGGUCCUUGUGCUUAACUGCCGCGGCGUUCAGGGCGGUCGUUGCUCGGCGCCGGGGCAGGCUCUUCGCAGCCUCUCCCGGGCAUUUGACCCGCUGGGAAGCGACGUCCUCCUCCGUUCCAGAAGCUGGCGAGGGACAGAUCCGCCUCACAGACAGCUGCGUCCAGAGGCUUCUGGAAAUCACCGAAGGGUCAGAAUUCCUCAGGCUGCAAGUGGAGGGAGGUGGAUGCUCCGGAUUCCAAUACAAAUUUUCACUGGAUACAGUUAUUAACCCCGACGACAGGAUAUUUGAACAGGGCGGGGCGAGAGUGGUGGUUGAUUGUGAUAGUUUGGCUUUCGUGAAGGGGGCCCAGGUGGACUUCAGCCAAGAACUAAUCCGAAGCUCAUUUCAAGUGGUGAAUAAUCCCCAAGCCCAGCAAGGCUGUUCCUGUGGGUCUUCCUUCUCUAUCAAAAUCUGACGCAAUGACG